UUCUAUCAAACAUCAGCUACCUGAUAUCAACCGAUCGCAACAAAAUGGCGUUCAAACUUACCAUUGCCCUCGCCUUCGUCGCUGUUAUCUACGGAGUCCAAGCUACUCCAUUGGGUCUCGACUCCAUAAUUCCCGGUCUUCCCGGACUUGGUGAUUUAUCGCCAGACUCAUCUGACAGCACCGAUCCAUCUGUAACCACCCCCGCUGGUCCUCUUGGAUCUUCUAGUCCUCUUGAUAUCCUAACAAAAUUGGUGGGUUUAAUUUUAGGCCCGGUGUUCUCACUGGUGUCAGCUGUCCUCGGUGCUUUGGGCGGUUUGGGCGGUGGUGCAGGCUUGGGUAGUGCAUCUGGGGCAAUCGAUGGUGCGAUUGUUGGCCAGGUGACGAGUAUGUUGGGUAGUAUGGGGGGAGCACUCACUGGCGGCGCAUUUGGAGCGGCUGGUGGAUCUGAUUUAAUUGGAGGAGUAACUGGUGGGGCACUUGGUGGAGCCACUGGUCCCCUGGGUAGUGUGACUGGAGCAGUGACUGGGGGCGCUUCUGGUGCGACCAGUGGUGGUAGUCUCCUUGGUUAGUAAGAAAAAUUGUUAUCCUUUUAUUUUGUUUGGGUGCAAACUGCCCUAUUGUAAUGAUUCACUGUUAAUAAACUAUAUACAAGUA